AACCGCUCACCAGCGUCCAGAGCCCGCCAUCUGCGCCGAGCGAGCUCUCAUGUCCGACCGCUACUCGCGCCGCUCGCCCUCGCCCGGCCCCUCGUCCUCCCGCCGCGACCGCUCCCCUCCUCCCCGCAACCGCGACUCGCGCCGCGACUACCACGACGACCGCCGCGGUGGCGACCGGCGCAACGGUGGCGGCGACUACUACGACGACCGGGACCGGCGCGGCGACGGCGGGCGGGCACGAGACGGUCCGCCGAGGGGGGACGACCGGCGGUCAGGCGCGAGGGACGACGACCGCAGGCGAGGGGACCGGCGCUCGCGCUCGCCCGGCGCAGGAGCGGCAGCGGUGCGCAGGCGGUCGCGCUCGCCGGCUGGACGAGGAGGGGCAGGCGGCGGCGCAGGACCGAGCGGCGGCGACGGCGGGUGGGGCAAGCGGGACGCGCUGCCGGACCAGGGGGCGCUCGUGCCUGGUGGAGGAGGUGGCAGGGGAGGCGAGGUGGGCGACCGCGCGCCGCCAAAGGUGGUCGAGCCCGACUUCAAGCCGAGUGGUGCGCUCGCGGCCGAGACUAACACGCUCAACGGUGUCGUCCUCAAGUAUGCCGAGCCGCCCGAGGCGCGCAAGCCUGUGCGCAACUGGCGGCUGUACGUCUUCAAGGGCAAGGAGCAAGUCGAGCUCUUCCACGUGCACCGACAGUCGUGCUACCUCUUCGGCCGGGACCGCAUCGUCGCCGACAUCCCUGUCGACCACCCGUCGGCGUCGAAGCAGCACGCCGUCCUCCAGUUCCGCCAAGUGACCGAGCGCAACGAGUUUGGCGACACCAAGUCGCUCACCAAGCCCUUCUUGAUCGACCUCGACAGCGCCAACGGCACCAUGGUCAACGAUGCGGCGGUCCCGGCCUCGCGCUUCUACGAGUUGCGCAGCGGCGACGUCCUCAAGUUUGCCUUCUCGUCGCGCGAGUACGUCCUCCUCGUCGAGCAGUGAGGGCGCCUCGCUCUCAUGCCCGGCGAGCAAGGUGCGGGGCCCGAGGGCAAGUACUGCACUGGACCUUACGGCAACGAGCUCGGGUGUGCGACAAGUCGUCGGUGGGCUCGCCUGUCGAUGCACAAAGGAGAGGGCGGGGUCACUUUCGAAACCUAUCGUCGGCCCGGG